AUGUUAAGCUGUCUAUUAUUUCUUUAUACAUUUGGAAUUUGUCAAUGUUUACAACGUCCGCUUGUUAUUGGACAUCGUGGUACUGCUUAUUUACCUGAACUUACAUUAGCUUCUCAAUCAAUGGCUCAUGCAUAUGGUGCUGAUAUAAUCGAAAUCGAUGUAUGUCUUAGUCGAGAUAAUCAAUUAAUUGUUAUUCAUGAUAUCUAUUUGGAUGGAGUAACUAAUGUUGGUGAUGUGUAUCCGAAUAGAAAUCGUUCAGAUGGUCUUAAUUAUGUUAUUGAUUUUGAUCUUGAUGAAUUGCGUAGUUUAAAUAUUCAUGAACGAGUACGACCAUUGAAUGGUACACAAGUUUAUCCAUUACGUUUUCCUUCAAAAUCGAAAGUACCUUUUCAUCUUUCAACACUUAAUGAAACAAUUGAAUUACUAUAUGGUCUUAAUCGUGCAACAGGUCGACAACGUCAAUUACUUAUUGAAAUAAAAAAACCUGAAUAUCAUUCAAAAUAUAAUAAAUCAAUAUCAUCUAUUGUACUUGCUACAUUAAAUGCUUAUAAUUUAACACGAUCAAGUGAUCCAAUUAUUGUUCAAACAUUUCAUAUUGAAGAAUUGAUGUAUAUUCGUAAAGAUCUUGGUAGUCAAUUGCGUUUAUUUGCUUUAAUGACAUGGAAUGACAUUCAAGAAUCAUCAAGUGAUUAUGAUUUUUAUCGAAGUGAAGUAGGUAUUAAAAAUUUAUCAGAAAUUGUUCAAGGAUUAGCACCUAAUUAUCAAUUAGUUGUUGAUUAUGAUGUAAAUGGUGCAAUCGUACGUACUACUAAUCUAACAAAAUGGGCUCAUCAAUAUAAUCUUAGUGUUUAUCCAUAUACAUUUCGACAAGAUCUAUUUUCUGGUAGUCGUUUUGAAGAACUUGUUAAAUAUUUUUGGAAUACAGUACAAGUGGAUGGCUUUAUAACUGAUCAUCCAGAUGUAGUUCUUGAAUUAUUGCAGAGAAAUGAAACAUCUGCUAAUUCAGUUUCUUUCUUACAUGUGUUUUUAUCAAUUAUUAUAUUUCUUUUUAAUAUCACUUGA